AUGGAGAGCGUGGUCUGUGAGGAUGGACACAACGGGACCAAGUGCUUUGCAGAACACAUCCCUGAAAUCGUCACCGGUAGCAUCACGCUGCUUAUCUGCCUCUGCGGGCUGGUGGGGAACGGGGCCAUCCUCUGGCUCCUCGGCUUCCGCAUCAGGAGAAACCCCUUCACCGCCUACCUCCUGAACCUGGCCGUCGCCGACACCUGCUUUCUCCUCUGCACAGCGGCUUUCCUCGUAAUAUAUCACAUGCCCAUGCUCAGCUGUUUUCAGCCAGAGAUUUUGCGGGUGCUGCCGCUAUUUCACUCCAUGGUUCUGCUCACCUACAGCACCAGCCUCUAUCUCCUCACGGCCAUCAGUGUGGAGAGGUGUGUGGGGGUCCUCUGGCCCUUCUGGUGCCGAUGCCACCGCCCAAAGCUCCUGUCAGCCAUCAUGUGCAGCCUGUUGUGGGCCCUUGCCUGUGUCCUUGCCGGGUUGGUGUACUUUGUGUGUGACCUGGGUCACUCUAAACACUGCUGGAAUGUUCUUGGAACCUUCUGCCUUCUCAAUUUCUGCUUUUUCACUCCCUUUGUGGUUCUUUCCAACCUGAUCCUCUUCAUCAAGCUUCGACGUAGCUCUUGGCAACACCACCCAGCGAAGCUGUACACUGUCAUCUUCCUCACUGUUUUCUUUUUCGUCCUCUUUGGCAUCCCGCUCAGCGUCCAGAUCUUCCUCAACUUCUUUGUCUACAUUAAUUUUGUCUUUGAGAUCUGCCUGUUGCUGGCCUCCUUCAACAGCAGCAUCAAUCCAGUUAUUUACGUCCUGGUUGGGAGCUAUGGAAAUUCCAGGUUCAGGGGCUCUGUCAAAGUGGCUCUGCAGAGGGUCUUUGAAGAUCGGGCAGAUUCCCAAGAGGUGGGUGAGACCCCUGUGAUGGGAAUUGCUGCCUAA